UAAUGCGAUAACUUUAGAUGCUCACGAGAGAUGGAUGAGAUUGAGGUACACGUAAUAGAAGGUGUCUGCGAUGUUCCACACCGGCAGCGACAAGCCUACCCCUCCAGCUUGGCACGACGCUCCUGCCCCUACUCGUGGUACGCGUAGUGUAUUUAGACCCGUGGCCCUGGAGACACGAGCAGCAUAUCCUCGCAAACUUUGCUGCAGUCUGAUCUUGUUCUGUCUCCAAUUAUCUUUCGCCUCCUCCCCACAACCAAAAUGUCUAUAUCUGUCCACAACUACGCAGGCACCGAAGAAAAGUCCGAGGCAUUCCACUACUCGCAGGCCGUCAAGAUCGGAAAUGUCGUGAAGACAUCGGGUCAAGGUGGAUGGGACGACUCAGGCAAGGUUGUCUCGGAUCUGAAGAAGCAAGUCGAGCUUGCGUUCCUUAACGUCGAAAAGGCUCUGCAAGCCGCAGAUGGGAGGCUCUCCUGGAAGAACGUAUACGCCGUCCGAUCAUUCCACAUCGAUCUUGAUGAAAGCGCAGACUACGUCAUUGAGAACUUUCGCAAGUUCACGCCAGACCGACGGCCCGUGUUCACCUGCGUUGAGAUUCGGAAGCUUGGCAUUGAAGGCAUGCAGGUGGAAAUUGAAGUCGAAGCCCUGAUCGAGUCAUAGGGAGCUUUUGAGUAUUGAGCGAUA